CAAACUCCUCUCACUUGCACUUUUAUCCAGAUUUUGGGGUGUAUUUAUAAGCAUGACCGCAGAGGACGCUCAAUUUCACUCUCGCAUCACAUCACAUGUACAGGAGGAAACCUUGCAAAGUGCGAAACUACGUGCAAGAACACCGACCAUAGAGGAAAAGAGGAUAUAAGUUAAAAAGGUCAUGUCUUCCAUAAAAGUCGAAUGUGUUAUCAAAGAAAAGAACGAAAUUGGUGAGAGCCCAGUCUGGGAGGAGAAGGACUCCUCUUUGUUGUACGUUGAUAUUAUGGGUCGAAGGAUCAGUCGGUGGAACUCUCUGACCAGUCAAAUAGAGAGUAUUGCCACAGAGAAACUUGUAGGUUCUGUGGUUCCACGGCAGGCAGGUGGUUACGUCAUCGCGGAGGGAACUCGGUUUGCAUUUGUUGACUGGGUAAAGCGUUCAAUUACAGCUGUUGCCGAUGUCAAUGACAAGGAAAAACCAAACACCCGCUUCAAUGAUGGAAAAGUAGAUCCAGCUGGCAGGUUUUUUGCAGGUACCAUGUGUUUGGACGUGAAGCCUGACGUGAUGGAUGCGGCGCUGUACACCCUCCAUCCUGACCACUCUGUUGUCCAGCAUUUUAACCAAGUGCGCAUCUCCAAUGGUUUGGACUGGUCACUGGAUCACCGCAUCUUCUAUUACAUCGACAGUCUGGCAUUCAUGGUGGAGGCCUUCGAUUACAACAUCCAGACUGGAGGGCUAUCUAACCGCAGAAUGGUUUACAAGAUGGAGAAAGAUGAAGGCAUACCAGACGGGAUGUGCAUAGACACAGAGGGCAAACUGUGGGUUGCCUGCUUCAAUGGAGGAAGAGUGCUGCGUAUCGACCCACAAACAGGCACACGGCUGCAGACAGUGAAACUACCAGCUGAGAAAACCACCUCAUGCUGUUUUGGAGGGAAGGACUACAGUGAUCUCUAUGUCACCUCAGCGUAUACAGGCAUGGAUUCAGAGUCACUGGCUAAGGAACCUGAGGCCGGCUGCAUAUUUAAGGUGUCUGGUUUAGGAGCGAAGGGCAUCCCACCAUAUUCAUACACUGGAUGAAAACAAAGGAAAAAGUGAUGUUAAUGAAAACAUCAUGAUCAUUUCGCUGUCACAAUACUACAACAAUGUUCUAAUUGUGCAAUCAGUGAUAUAACUUUAUAUAAUAUUAGACAAUCUUAGCUCAUUUCAGAUGAUUUAGGGUCCAUUCACACAGAAUGUGUUUUGCAUUCAACUGCGCUGCAGACGUGUUUGACCAUUGUGCUCGUGUCUUGUGUCUUUGACACAGCAUCUCGCGCAUGACACAGCGUUCUAAAAACUCGGCGCUCAAGUAAGUUUAAUUUUUUUUUAAAUGCGCAUCCCCACUGACUUGCGUAACGCGUCUUGCGUUAACCCCAAAAACACGUUAUGUGAAUGGCCCCUUAGAUAUAAGAAGCAGUUUGUCUAAAUUACUAAAAUUAAAGAUGAAAUUGCAUGAUUUAUGUGAAGUAAUUCCUUGUUUACAUUAACUACACCAAGAGCAAUCUUUCUGCAGGUUUUAGGAAAUGAUUGCAAGUGAUGAAUUUUAGUGGAUUUUUUUUAGGUAAUUUUACUUAAUGCUUGAAAUGUAUAUUAACCAUAAACUUGAUGCUUGUUUAGCUGUGCUGCUGGAUUAAGUCAAACAUGCAUGACUGUGAAAAAAUGAUGGAAUUGUGAUUUACGUUAUGAACAAAUGUCAAAAUGACACACCAUUUACAACCUAUUUUACUUCCAUAAUCUGUAUUUCAGAGAUAAUUGAUUGUACCAGGAAAAAGUAGCUGUUAUAUACCAGAAUGGUGGUUGGAGGGAAGAGGCUGGAAAGCUGAAAAGUCAUUUCAGACCAUGCAUUAACAGAAUGAAAAGGGUGAAUAGGGUCAGAUUCAUGUUGACUUUGAGGAUACUAAAUAAACCUACAGGUUUUGGUGCAAAGGCUGAAUAGAUUAAUUUGUUUUGUUUGUUUUGCUGUAUUUGUGAAUAACCUGAAAUAAUAAAAUGUUUCAAGAGUUUA